AUGUCUGAUAUUGAUGAAGAUUUAUUAGCUUUGGCUGGUGCUGAUGAAGAAGAAGAGGAAGAUACCUUAAUGGUAUCUUCAAAGAAAAGAGCAAGAAACAAUGAUUCCUCUUCAAAGAGAAGAAAAAUAGAAGUUGAUAAUGAAGAUGAAGAAGAAGAGGAUGAUUAUAAUCCUGUCUUUAAUGAAGACAAUAAUCAAUCCACAUAUAAUACCAUGGAUGGAGAAAGGGAAGAGCCAAAUCCGUUUCCUCUAGAGGGCAAAUAUAAAGAUGAAGAUGACCGUGAAAAGAUUGAGUCAAUGCCAGAAAUGGAACGUGAAACGUUGCUAUUUGAAAGAUCUCAGAUCAUGCAAAAAUACCAAGAACGUAAGAUGUUUAGAGAACGUAGUAGGAAACAGAUGUCACUAAAUAACAACAGUAAUCUCACUGGACAAAAGACUAGAACAUCUACAAGAGUAACUCAUACCACAGGGUUGUCUGAUGCAAAAUCCUCAAAAUUAUCUCAAUUAAAAAGACAAAGAGAAAGAAGAAAUAAGGGCCAAAGCAACUAUAGUGAUGAAGAUGAAUACGAAGAUGAAUACGAAGAUGAUUUAGAACAAGAAUAUAAAUCGAGCGGUAGUGAUUAUGAUGAAAAUGAAGCUGCUGAAGAAGAAGAAGAUGAUUAUGACUUGUACGGAUCCAAGACAAAAUACAAUCAUCGUGGGUCUGAAGAAGACGAUGAUGAUGAUGUGAAAUGGGCAGAGGAUAUUGAUCGUGAAUCUAAUGUCCAGGAUUUUAACAAAAUUAAAAUUGGUCGUUCAUUUGCCUUUAAAUUUUGCUUCUAUCCUGAUUUUAAUGAUAUAGUCAAAAAUUGCUAUGCCAAAGUCAAUGUAAGUGAUGAUAGACAUAAACCAGUAUAUCGUAUGGUUAAGAUUGAAAAAGUAUUUUUAGACAAACGCCCUCAUGAUAUGGGUAAAUUUUUCACAAAUCAAUGUUUUGGUGUUACUCAGGGGAAUAAUCGUAAAGUUUAUUCAAUGAAAUAUUUUAGUGAUAGUCCUAUUACUCAUGCAGAAUUUGACAGGUAUAUAAGGACGUUGGAACAUGACCAUAUCACUAGACCUUCAGUGUAUGCUAUUAAUAACAAAUUUAAGGAAAUCACUGCUUUUACUACUGAACCUUUAACUGAUAAAUUGACGGAUCAAAUAGUACGUAAUAGAAUGCGUUUUAAUAAGAAAUUAUCAGGAACUAAUGCUGUUUUAGAAAAGACCGUCCUAAGAGGGAAAUUACAAUUUGCAAAGGAGACUGGAAAUGAAAGAGAUGUCACAAAAUAUUCUGCUCAAUUAAGAAAUUUGGAAAAGAGAUUAUCACUUUAUGAAAAGCAUCAUGAAAAUGAUCAAACAGGUGCCAAGAAAUUGGGUCAGUUAACUUCUAGAAAUAGAAAGCUGAAUAUGGAUAAGGCUAGAAAUGUUGAACAUAAAAAGGUUGAAUUAGCUGGAUUUGAUGCUAAAGCUGAUCCAUUUAGUAGAUUAAAAACAAGAACUAAAAUUUAUUACCAAGAGAUUCAAAAAGAAGAAAAUGAAAAGGCUCAAGAGCUAGCUCAUAAAAAGCAAUUAGAAGAGGAUGCUGAAGCCAAAGCUCAAUCUGAAAAAGAACAAUUAUUAGCUGAGUUUAAGUGUUUAGGAGGUUUAGAAAAAAUGGUUGGUAGUUUAAAUUUCAAAUUUGAUUUCGAUAUAUAA